CUAAAUCUCGUUUGAAAUUCCUUUAAAAGACUGCGGCCAGGACUAAUACGGAUGAAUAAAAAUCUCGGCGAAUUCAAAUAUAGAAUAAUAUUCUUUUUAUUUAACAUAUUAAGUAAACAUUUGCAGCAUAUAAAAACUCUUAUUUAUCACUUAUUUUUAUUACUUAUAUUUUUUGUUACUUAUAUUUUUUAUACUUAAGUCUUUUAAAAAUAAAAAUAUUUUCGAAUUUUAAUGGAAGAAACUUUUUCGUCUUUGAACAUUAAAGAUGUUGAGCAAAAAACUGUAGAGGGAACGGCUGAAUUUUGGGAUUGCCCAUGGCACCCAUCAAUCAAAGAAAUAAAUCAAGUUAUAAAAAAUGGAGAGAAAUUAGAUUUGUCUACGUUCUGGAUCUUUUUGGAUCAUAAUUACGAAGUUUCUACUUGGUGCUGCCAAUGUCGUGAAACAGUCUUUGAUAUGGAUCAAGAUGAAAUAAUUAAACUUUUAGAAGGGAACACUUAUUCUUUUAAAUUUUUUGUCUGCUCUGAGUGUGCUCAGAUCAUUAAAUACGCUACAUUUCACUAUUAA